UCUCCUGAGAGUAUUCUGGUUGCAUACAUCAACAAACCGCGGAGUGCCGCUGACGAAUUGUUAAAUUAAGAAUUGAGCGAGAUACAAUGUCGCUAAAAUAAAAUUUCGUACAACUUUUGCAGGCGUUAAUCGUUUAGUUUGUACAUAGUUAAUUGCAUAGCUCUUAGUUAACGUAAAUUCCAGUUGUAUUCACAAAAUGAGCGCUGUGAAUUUGGAGAAAAUCGAUGAGAAAUUGUCCGCGCAAGGAUGGUUUAUAUCGACGGAGGGACUGCAACAAAUCACGCAGAAUGGAAAUGUUAAAGAUCUCCGAGCAAUAACUCAAAAUGCUUUAGAUAGUGAUUUAAAAGAAAUAGGUAAAGCAAUUCUAGCUGAGCAAUUGGCGAAAAAGUUAGUAAACAAUGUGGUAUUACAAAUCCAAAAAACCAAAAACAUCUCUGCCCCAAAAGCCAACGAAGAUUCUCAGGCCGCGCCGCGAAUGCUGAAACUGAACCUAACUGACGGCCACACGCACUGCCAAGCAAUCGAAAUCGACAAUAUUGGAGGCUUAAGUCUGCAUAAAACUGCGCCAGGCACAAAAGUUCUGCUUAAAAACGCGCCUGUUAUCAAUGGCUUCCUCUUUCUUAAGCCUGAAAUGGCUAUUGUUCUUGGAGGAAAGGUGCAAGCAAUGUUUGAAAAAUGGGAGGUGAAUAAAAACAUGUCUAAUGUGAAAAGAGGCGAUGAUGCAGACGGUCCACCGGCGUGGGUUAACUUCGGCCGGAAGAUCGCUGGAUCGGAAACGAAAGAUUUUAAAUCUUUAGAGGACAAAACAAGCAAAGAAGAUGGUAAACCCACUGAGUUUGAUGUGCAGCGAAAUGUUGCCAUUGCCGAAGCGACAACCGGGGCUGUAAAAAAAGUGUUUGGCGGUGGAACAAAACCUUUGAUGAAGGAGGCCAUCGACGGAUAUGGAUAUAAACGUGAACCAAGGGAACCCCGAGAACCAAGAGAGUCUAAAGAAGGCGAUCGAAGAGAAUUUCGCGAUAAUCGCGAACCGCGAGACAGAAACAAUAAACCAGAACGGCGCAAUAAACGUGAACCUAAAGGUGGCAAGGAUGAUGUUGUAAUGGCGAAACCAUCAGAUAAAGUCUCAUUAUUUGCAUUUCUCGAAGAUAAAUUACCCGAAACAGCACAAGUCGUGCAAACACCCCAACCUCAACAAAUUCAACAAAAACCUAACAAUUACAAUCAGAAAGGAAAUUCAAACUAUAACAACAAAGGCCAACAGCAUGAAAAAUACGAUAGGUAUGAUAAUAAAUACAAUAAGUCCGGAGAUUAUCCUUCGAAGCAAUCCAAUCACUACCAGAACGAUUACAACAAAUCUGGUCAUUAUCAAAACGAUUACAAGUCGAAUAAUUAUCAGAACGACUACAAGUCCGGCAAUGGAGGCAACUACAACGAUUACAAAUCCGGUAGUUAUCAGAAUGACUACAAAUCGUCUUCCUCAAAUUAUUCGAGAGAUAAUCGGCGAGGUAAUCAACCGCCACGUCUUCAAAACAAGCCUGUUCAGCAACCCGCACAACCUCAGUAUAACAAUCAACAAUAUCAGCAAUUUCCACCCGUGCAAAACUUUCACAGCACACCGGCGGCUAAUUCACAGAAUGUUGAUGAUCUAGCGAACAAAAUGGACCGUCUGAAUGUCAACGCUUCGUUUGCGAAAAACGCGUUUAAGCAGCAUCUCAACUUGCCUAAUCAAAGUGCCCCAAAGAGCAAUAACGUUGAUGUGGCGGUCGGCGCGUGGAAAUUCAAUAUUGGCGAUUUGUGUAUGGCGAAGUAUUGGGAGGAUAAUAAGUAUUAUAAUGCUACGAUUACAGGACUCACGCCGAAGACCUGCGUGGUCAGGUUCAAUGAGUAUGGCAAUAUGGAGGAAGUAUUGUUGGAGGAUUGCUUGCCUGUUUCCAGUGAAGAUAAUGUAAAUACUGGUAGUGUAAAAGCAGCUAAAGUUUCAAAUGGUAAUGAGUAUCGAGGUAAUCGCAACUUUGUGAAUCGCAAUCGACGCCAUUAGAUGAAAUGAAUAAUUCGAAACAUAACACAAGUUAAACAAAGAAUUAGGAAAUACAAUUGUAAUUGAUAAGUUUUUGAACUUACCAUUGUUUGUACUAAAAGUUAUAAAUAUAAAUCGAAUCACUUACUAAAA